CCAACCAAGGCUGGAACUGGUUCCAUAACGCAAACUAACGUACCACGUGUCUCACUCUUACCCCGUCUCCCAAGGCUCCACCCACCACCAUUUCCGUCUCUGAGUCAGGCGAACAAACGCUUUCCGACCGACCGCCCGACCGAUUCCGCCGCCCGCCAUGGAUGCCCACCAAAUCCUCGACUCCCUCACCUCCCAUAUCGCCCUCUACCACUCCUCAAAACCAAACCCUAACGCCAGCCCUCGCGCCGCCGUCCUCCGGUGGUUCGCCUCCCUCUCCGGCUCCCACCGCCAGUCCAUGCUUACCGUCCUCGACCCCGACUUCCUCGGCAUCCUCCUCCAGAUGGUCUCCCGCCUCCGCCGUCACGGCCACGGCUUCUUCUUCCUCCUCCUCGACCUCCCCUCCUCCCCUCCCCCCUCCCUCCCCUCCCUCUGCUUCCGCCGCUCCCACGGCCUACUCGCCCGCGCCGCCGCCUCCUCCGCCACGGAGCUUGCCCUCGCUCGGUCCCUCCUUCUCUUCGAGUCCCGGGAGGGCGAGCACACCGCCGAAUGUCCCCUGGAUUCCCUCACACUCUCCGAGGAUUUGGUCGCCGAUGUGGACCGGUUCGUGGAGGUCAUGGAUGGGAUCUCCGGGGGAAGGUUCCUGAGAGGGGAGGAGAGCGGGUUGGGGGCGCCCUGGGCGGAGCUGUCGUGGUUGAAGGAUAAGGGGUACUACAGCUUGGAGGCAUUCGUGGCGAAUCGGCUGGAGGUGGCGUUGAGGCUGGCGUGGCUUAGCUCCCAUGGUGGGAAGAAUCCGAAGUGCGGGAAGGCAGUGAAGGAGAGGGCUGCGGUCGCUGGUAUAGCCGCCAAUGCCUUUUGGAGGAAGAAGGGGUGCUUGGACUGGUGGAUGGGGUUGGAUCCUGGACAGAGGAAGAAGAUUUUUCAGGCUUUUUUAGAGAAAGCAGCUAAAUUUCUGGCAAACGAGAUUGUUAAAGGGUCGAACGAUGCUUUGAGGAAUGAAUUUUCUUUCUGUAAACUUGAAGAUGAACUGAAAGUAAGAUAUGGUCCUAUUGCAUCUUGGCAAAGGGUGAAGCAGUCAUUGUUCCGAAGGAAUCUAGAUUUGUCCUUGGAUAUCAUGACCAUGCCAUCUUCUAGAAGGCCACAAAUCCUGACUAAUUAUUUGAACAGAUUGCUUGUGGUUCAGGAGAUAUCUACUUUUUUAACAUGUUGGCUUAGUGAAUCUGAAGACAAGGCAUUAUUUUUCAGCACAUUAGAAUCUGUUGACACCAUUUCAGAUUGUAUAAUAAGAAACCUGCGAAGACUCCUCAUGGUUGUUUCCAUUGAUUGUAUAAAUCGUGAACUUAUGGGAGAUGUAAAGUUAAAGGCCCUUCCGCACAAAAAUGAAGAGAAGCGCAAUGUUGGUUGUCGGCGAGGGAAGAACAAAUGUCACAGUUCAAGAAAGCUAAGUCCUACUUCUAAGCCAUCCAAGGUUGAUUCAACAUUACACAAAACUUCUAUGGAUCAAGGAUGUGGAACAGACUGUGCAGAUGAUAGCAGCUCUGGGCUUUGCCCCCCAGAAAGCACUCUCUCAGUAGUGGAUAAUCAGAAGGCAAGGACUAGUAGUCCUUUUGUUCCAAAGAAAGAUCCUGGGAAGGAAUCUUCAUUAACAAAAAGGGGAAUGGAAGUAAGGAAAAAGGUGGAAGGAAAGGAGCAUACCACAGGUUUGACUGAUAGUACGGUCCAUAGACGUAAGAAAAAAGGUGGAAGAAAAGGCUCUAAAACUAAAACUCCUGGCUUAGCGAAAGUUGGAUUUCCUGAACUUGAUAACAAGAAAACAACCGUAACAUCUGUUGCCGCAGAAAGUGAACUGACAGAAUCUUUACCUGACACCAAUGAUUCUGCUGCCAGGCAUAACGUGUUUCCUGUUUCUAACUUAUGUGAUGAUUCUGUUAAGCCUGAUUUCAUGGAUCACAAUGAAAUGAUAAGCACUGAGCUAGAUCCUGACCCUCAUUCUAUUGCAGAUUGCUGUGUUACUGGUGUGGAAUGUAGUACGAGUUUAAACAAUUCAGAAGACCAUAAUUCUAUUAAAAUGGCUGAAGGCAUACCCCAGAUAUCUUCAGAAUCUUCUGUGAGAAAGAGUGAUGUUUGUUGUGACAAGCUUGUAAAUUGUAUUAAUUCUUCCAUAAGUUGUUCCAGGAGCAGUACUGCAUGUGAAGUAAUGAGGCCUGCUGUGUCUACACUCGAGCUUAAGGAUCAUGAGUAUCAUAGUACCCGGGAUAUAAAUAACACCAAUUCACCAUAUGUUGCACCUCCAAACUUGAUUCAAGGCAUUAUGAGUGAGAAUAUUUCCAUAAUAGAGAAUAAUGGUAGUGAACCUUAUGUACGAAACCACACAAGUUCCAUGGGAGGCACUUCGUAUGAGUGGCCUACCAUAUUGCCUCCUGAUUUUACGUCUGUUCAUUCACAGCAUCUCCCAGCUGCCACAGACAGAUUACAUCUGGAUGUUGGUCACAAAUUGCCCAAUCACUUUCAUCAGUCUUUUCUGCCUUCGAGGCAUCAGGCAAGAAAGCCAACAAUUGAAGGUGGACGCAGUCUACUUUUACCUUCUCUAACUUUGCCUAUGAGUUUCGACUGGCCUCCUAUGGUCAGAAGUUGUCGUAGAUUGAGUCAGACUGUGACUGUAAGCUAUGAUUCUGGAUAUGAUCCAAGGCUGCAGUCUUCAUUCUGCCCAGGAUUUGCUACUCAUGGACUGCAAAUUAAUGGGACUUCCUGUGAGAAUGAGAGAAAGCAUCCUGGAGAUGUUUUAGAUGUGUAUGAUUUGAAAAACACUUCUGAUGUGGCAGAUGAUACUGAAAGCUACUGGUUUUCUGAAGAAGAGUACGAAAGUCAUGCAUUUUCUGGAAAGGAUUAUAAUCAAUUCUUUGGUGGUGGAAUAAUGUACUGGAAUCCUGCUGAACAUGUUGGAACAGGUUUUUCUCGCCCACCAUCUCACAGUUCUGAAGACAGUGCUUGGGCUUGGCAUGAAGCAGACAUGAACAGAGCUAUUGAUGAUAUGGUUGGCAUACCUGGAUUAUCUGCUUCUUACAAUUCGAAUGGUCUGGCCUCGCCACCUGCUGCCCCAUUUUGUUCACCAUUUGAUCCAUUGGGACCUGGACACCAGUCUGUUGGUAAUGCUAUGCUAGGAAAUGACAGCACUGGAAAGGUACUGAACUCCUCAUCUUCCAUAUCAGAUGGUCCUGAAGAGAAAGCCUCAAUAUCUCUGAAUAAUUCAACUAAUGGUUUUGAGGGAGUGAAAGCGGACACACUUCCAUAUUCAAUGCUGCGGCCAAUCAUUGUUCCAAGUAUAUCAAGGAGGGGUUCGAGAUCUGAAUUUAAGGUUGGUCAUGAUCAUAAAAGCCCAUGUGUACCUUCUACCAGGAGGGAGACCCCUCGCAUCAAGCGGCCUCCAUCACCAGUUGUACUUUGUGUUCCUCGAGUACCUCGACCUCCCCCACCUUCUCCAGUUGGAGAAUCUAGAAAGCGAGGCUUUCCAGUUGUAAGAUCUGGUAGCUCAAGUCCUAGGCAUUGGGGUAUGAGAAGUUGGUAUUCUGAUGAAAGUACUUUUGAGGAAACUCGACUUUGUUGGGAUGGCGCUGAAGUUGUUUGGCCUUCAUGGCGAAACAAAGGGCUGGCUACCUCUCCAAUGGUGCAAUCUAUUCAUGGGCCUUUGUUGCAAGAUCACCUCAUCACAAUUUCCCAGCUAGCUCGCGAUCAGGGACAUCCAGAUGUUGCAUUACCAUUGCAACCUCCUGAUUUAUUGAAUUGUCCAUCUAAUAAGACUCUGUCCCUGGUGCACAAUCUUCUUCAUGAGGAAAUUGAUCUUUUCUGCAAGCAGGUUGCUGCUGAGAAUCUGAUCAGGAAGCCCUACGUUAACUGGGCUGUCAAGAGGGUUACACGAUCUCUUCAGGUCCUCUGGCCUCGCUCUCGGACAAAUAUAUUUGGUUCCAAUGCAACUGGUUUAGCUCUUCCAACUAGUGAUGUGGAUCUUGUGGUUUCUCUCCCUCCAGUACGGAAUUUGGAGCCUAUCAAAGAAGCUGGAAUUUUGGAAGGUCGUAACGGUAUCAAGGAAACAUGCCUUCAGCAUGCAGCUAGGUACCUUGGGAACCAAGAGUGGGUUAGAAAUGACUCCCUAAAAACAAUAGAAAACACUGCAAUACCUGUCAUCAUGCUUGUGGCAGAUGUUCCUUGUGACAAUAGUCUUUCAAAUGAGAAAUCUUCCAUUGUGGAUACAUCAGAAGCACAUUCAACCAAGAUGCCUGGAAAGCAAAGCAUCCCUGGUGCAGAUCUGUCUAAUUCAGAAAAUACCUCAUGGCCAAUGUGUUCAAAAAUGAAAAAGGAUGAUGCUGUUGAUGUGAAAUCAAUUCGUCUUGAUAUCAGCUUCAAGUCACCAUCACACACAGGACUUGAAACUUCUCAACUGGUUAGGGAGCUCACUCAGCAGUUUCCUGCUGCUGGACCCCUUGCUUUGAUACUGAAGAAGUUUUUGUCAGAUCGUAGUUUGGAUCAGUCUUAUUCGGGUGGUUUGAGUUCUUACUGUUUGGUGUUGCUAAUUACACGCUUUCUUCAGCAUGAACACCAUAUUGGUCAGCCUGUUAACCAGAACCUGGGCAGCCUUUUGAUGGAUUUUCUCUACUUCUUUGGGAAUGUUUUUGACCCACGUCAAAUGCGUACUUCGAUUCAAGGAAGUGGAGUGUAUAUGAAUCGAGAACGAGGGCUCAGCAUCGAUCCAAUUCAUAUCGAUGAUCCUCUCUGUCCAGCUAACAAUGUAGGAAGGAAUUGCUUUCGUAUACACCAGUGUAUUAAGGCUUUUGCUGAUGCUUACUCUGUGCUGGAAAAUGAGCUAUCACAGUUUUCUGGUAAUUGUGCUCCAACUUCAACAGGAACAUUCAGGCUACUUCCAAAAAUCAUCCCGAGUAUUGAUAAUGAGGAGUGAUAUUGGAUCAUGAGUAGCCAUUUUUCCUGUCUGAGUGGUACUGGCUUGGCUGCACGUUUAAUGUGGGAAGCACAGGUAUGAACCAGAGGAUAUGCUUGUGGCCAGUUUUUCUCUUUGCUGUUAAGCGUUGUAAGAUGAUGCUACCAGACCUUCUAGAUUGGCAAGCAAGUUAUACAUGAAUGGUUUUGGUGAAGCUUUAUACAAGACCAGAAUGCUGGGUGUGGCUGGACCAUGAUGACUCAACAGAAUUGGAUUACAGAACCUGAACGUUGAUUCAGGUCUCUCUCUCUCUCUCUCAUGCAUAUGAAUUAUUGAAAGCUUCCCAAGCAAAGGAUGUUCCUUUCUGUCAGCCAGGUGGAAUCCCAUUGCCUAGCCCAGAAGUGAAACAUUCUACUGAUCAGCCAUGACAAUGAACAUGCGAUACUCUAAAGCAGCCCUCUGAUCUCUACAGCCGCCGGAGGAGCACUUUGAUUUGUCUGCUUUGAACCAAUUAGCUCUUUUGGGGGCUGCUACAAAUGGGUGCGAACUGUGUUGGUAUGCCACACAGCUCAUCUCUACAAUUUGAUUGCAGCAGCCUAAGCCUUGUGCAAGGUUCCUCUUUCGGGUGCAUUAUAUGUACAAAAGAUUGUUUGUUGGUAAACCUUUUUCUUUUGGCUUAUCAGCAUGCCGGUUGGAUCCUGUGUUUAGAAUCCUGUGGCCUCUAGUCACAGUGAUUUUUGUUUUUUCCCCAUUUUUUAACUUUGGCGUGCACUGUUCCAUGCCAACAAUUAAUGUGUUUGUAUAAUGUAACGUUAUAAAAUAUCUGUAUGACCGAGUUUC